AUGCCUUCUUUGAACCUUCCCGACUAUGACGACCUCCCGCCAGUGGAGGGCAUGCCAAAAGGCUGCGCCUGGGGCAUAUUUGAUAAAGAGGGGAAGAAAGACGUCUAUGGGACGCUGAACCUACUCACUCCCCAAGUCAUAAAGAAAGCUAGUGCGGAAAUCCGCGAUGGUGUCUCCAUCUCUCUCAAUUGGCCGUUGGAUAGUUUGAACAAAUUCAACAUCCCAGGACGUAGGCCGGCAGCGCACCAUGUUCACUCCCUACAGGCCAGUGGAUUGUCUCCAGGACUUGGAUGGGAUGACGAGUUGGAGUUCAACACCCAGGGCAGCAGCCAAUGGGACAGCCUCGUACACUGGCAGCACCAACCCACUGGUCUGGCCUACAACGGCGCGAAGCCGACCCAGGAGGCAUUGUCUGCCGCCUCCACGGCCGACAACCAGAUGCCGACCAUUGACCACUGGCACGAGCGAGGCGGAGUCGUGGGCCGCGGCGUCCUGAUCGACUACAAGGCGUAUGCCGAGGCGAAAGGAAUUGACUACCACCCCUUGGAUGGCUACCGUAUCACCGUUGAGGACAUCGAGACCGUGGCCGCAUACCAGGGCGUCGAGUUCCAGGAGGGCGACAUCUUCCUCUUGAGAACGGGUAUAACUUCCAUGUUUGAUAACCCUACUCCAGUUGAUUUUGCGAAGAUGGCGCAGAUGACCCUGUCAGGCGUGCAUGGCACGGAGGAGACGGCCAAAUGGUUCUGGAACAAGCAUUUUGCCGCGGUCGCUGGCGAUGCGAGCGCGUUCGAGGCGUAUCCCCCGUUGCAUCCCGACGGCACCACAGCGGAUAUGACCGGCCUUGUUCUACACACUUACUUCUUGAGCCUUUUCGGCAUGCCCAUCGGAGAGCUGUGGGAUCUGAGUCGUCUCUCGGCGUACUGUAAAAAGACGGGCCGGUAUACCUUCCUGCUUACCUCUGCGCCGAUGAACGUUCCCUGCCUGAUUGGAUCUCCCCCGAACGCUCUGGCAAUUUUCUAA